AUGGGUCAUCCACUAGAGUUAUCCACGAUUGAAAAUAAUUAUAUAGAAGAAUGGAUCAAUCAUAAUUAUUCUCAUUUUUCUGAAUCAAUUACAUUUAAAGGUCAUAUAAUGACAAAUAAGAAGCAGCAUCUUGAUCCAUCAAAGAAAUGGACAUCAUCAAUUUUAAUAGUAACAGUGUACCAUAUUAUAAUAUUUUCAGAUGGAAAGGAUUUAAGUAAAAAACCACCAAAAGAAUUUCAUAUUUAUGAUUGUAAAAAAUUAACAAAUAAAGAAGAUUAUGUUUUAUCAGUAACAUUUCAAAGGGGUAAACAAAAAUCAAAAAUUAUUAUGAAAACAGAACAAAUGAAUUAUAUAGUUUCAUUAAUUAGAAGAUUAAGAUUACAAUUAGAUUCUGAUCAUUGUAGUAAUGAAUUAAAAUUAAAUGUUAAACAAUUUUUAAGACAACCAUUAGAAAGAAAAGAAUUUACAAAUUUUGAAGGAUUUUUAGAUUUAUAUAAAGGGUGGUGUAGUUAUUUUACGGUUGAACCAAGUCAAUCAAUUAUAGAUUAUAUUCAUAAAACUAUAAUACAGGGUUGUAGAGAGAUUGAUUUAAAUGAAGUUGAAUCAUCUGAUCAAUCGGAAUUGUUAUUCGAUCAAGUACCAUUUUUGUAUACAUUAAAACAUAACAAUUAUUUUAAUUCUUUAAUUAUUAAAGAUUUAAAGAAAGAUCAUUCAACCAAAGCAUUAAGCGAUGUACUAUUACAUAAUAUAAUGAUAAAGAAAUUAAUAAUUAAAAAAUCUGGUUCUGAUUCAUUACAAAGUAUUUUAAUUUCAAUUUCAUCAAAUAAAAAAAAUUCAAUUCAAGUAAGUAGUAGUAGAAGUAGAAGUAGUAGUAGUAGAAGUAGUAGUAGAAGUAGUAGUAGUAGUAGUGGUGGUAAUAUUUCAGAGAAUCCACUAUCAAAUAAAUCAAUUACAUCAUUAUUAUUUUGUUUAACUAAUUUUAGUCAUUCAUUAGUUUAUUUAAAUUUAGCCAAUUGUUCAAUUCAACCAAAAAUGAUGGCAUCAAUAUUUGAUGCAUUUGAAAAGAAUUAUGGGAUGUCAUUAACAUUGGAAUAUUUAAAUAUUUCAAAUAAUAAAUUGGAUGAAAUUGGAAAUAAUGCAUUAACAAGUUGGAUAAUUAAAUCAAGAACUCAUUUAGGUUUAAAAAAUUUAAUUUUAUCUUCUGUUGGUGUUUCAAGUUUAACUUUAUAUGCAAUUAGAAAUUUAACAAAAUUAGAAUAUUUAGAUUUAUCAUUUAAUAAAAUUGAAUUAACAGAAAUUGAAAGAUUAUCACAUAUUUUAUCAAUUUCAUCAUUAUAUAGAAUAGAUUGUAAUUAUUGUAAUUUAUCAAAAGAGAUUCUAAGUUUAAUAUUUUCGAAAAUGUCUGAAAAGAAAAUAAAUGUUCAUAUAGAAUUGGCGGGAUUAAAUUUAGGAUCACAAGAGGAAGUAAAUUGGGAUAUGUUAUAUACAAAUAUGGCUUUAUUUAAAGAGACACCAAUUAAAAUAAAAACUAUGAAUUUAAAACAUGUUAGAGGUACUGAAAAAACUUUAAUUUCAUUAUUAAAUAUUUUAUCCGAAAUGAAAAUAGAUGAUUUAAUUUUAGAUUCACUUCAAUUAUAUAAUCCACAAAUAACUGGUAGUAGUAGUAGUAAUAAUAGUGCUAAUAGUAGUAGUAAUGGUAGUAGCAAUGGUAAUAAUAAUAAUAAUAAUAAUGGUAAUAAUAAUAAUAAUAAUAAUAAUAAUGGUAAUAAUAAUAAUGGGUCAAGUGUUGCGAGUAAUGGUAGUAGUGUUGGGUUAAAUUCAAGUAGUAGUUUUAAUGUUAGUAAUGGUGGUAGUGUUAGUAAUUCAAAUAGCCCUUUAAAUAGUCCAUAUAGUAAUUAUUCAACAAAUUCAAAUUGUAGUAAUGGUAGCCAAAAAGGUGAUGAAGAUAUGGAAGAUGAUAUAUCAAUGGUACAAUCUUCAUAUUCUAAUCAUUUACCAUUACUUGUAACUGCUAAUAAUAAUAAUAAUAACAAUAACAACAAUAAUAAUAAUAAUACUACAACAACUACAACUACAUCAACAGGUAUUAAUAAUACAGCGACAUUAGGAUCAACAUUAUCUAUAGCUUCAAAUAAUUCAUCAAACUAUUCAUCAUCAUCAUCUUCAUCAUCAUUUUUUUCAGCGGCAUCAUCAUUUAUUAGUAAUGGUAGUAAUAUGAAUUUAUUAUCAUCAAGUACUAGUGGUUAUGGUGGUAGUAAUAGUUUUUUAUCUGCAAGUAAUUUACAAUUUAAGAAUAAUAGUAAUAUUAAUGGUACAGUUAAUAGUAAUAGUUUUUUAAAUGGGGCUAGUAAUGGUAACAGUAAUAAUAAUAGUAAUAGUAAUAAUAAUUUAACGAAUCAACAACAACAACAGCAACAACAACAACAACAGCAACAACAACAAAAUCAAAAUGAUAUUUUAGUAUCAAAUAAUAAACCGUUUAAACAAUUAUUUUUAAAGUCAUUAUCAAAAAUUUAUAAUAAUCCAGAGAUUAGAUUUUUGGGAUUAUCAGAGAUUGGAAAGAUAAUAACAUCAUUUAUACCAACGAUUGGUAAAUCAGGUAGUAAUAGUUCAGUGAUUUCAUUGGAUAUCUCUGGCAAUGGUAUUGGCGAUUAUGGUGCUUGUUUAUUGGGUACAGCUUUGUCAACUAAUAGAUCAUUGUUGUCAAUCAAUAUCGAUGGUAAUCAAAUUACAAAUGUUGGCUGGUCGAAAAUUACCAGAUCCAUUUCAACACCAAUUGAUGGUUGUUCCUAUGACAUUCUAUUUAAUUCGGCCAAAGAGAAUCAAACAUUACCAUCAACUUCUUCACCAUCACCAUUGUGUUCAAUGACAUUCCCAAAAUUAGAUUUUGAGAGAUUGUUAUCAAAUUCCGAAGAUAUAUCACAGCGUGCUUCUAUCUAUAUGACAAUUUCAAAUUUACAAAUGUCACUUCAAAAGAAUGGUACAAUAUUAAUGAGAGGUGAUAUUGGUGAUAGUGGAUUAUCAACAACUUGUAGUAGUAGCAGUUGUAAAAGAUUAACAACAACAACAUGUUCAUCACCAUCUUCCUCAUCUGCCUCUGCUUCGACGUCUGCAUCAUCUUCUUCUUCACCUGGUGGCGGUAUUGGUCAAUUAAUUAAUCGAACAACUGCUUCAAUUCCAGUUGGUUUCUUAUUUAAACGUAUCAUUGAGAAUGAGAAAUCAUUGGUACCAAAUACACCAACCAUACUAUAUCCUGUAACUCCAAUACCUCCAAUUAUCACUCAACUAAUUAAUGAAAAACAUAAUAUAAACAUUCAAUUAAUUGAUAACUCUUUAAAUCAAUCUGCACUCUAUAGUAUAAUUGCAACGCUAAGAGAUCCAUAUUAUCGUUCGGCUCCACAAUCUUCCUCGGUUAUAAUUCAAUAUACUAAUAAUAUACUAUUACCAACUCGUAAUUCACCAAUACCUUUUAUUUUAUCUUUCCCUGAUCAAGAAAAUGAUCAAAAUGAUCAAGAUGAUACUUCAAGUACAAGUAGUAUAAAUAGUAAUAAUAGUAAUAAUGCUAAUACUCCAAAUCAAAGUUUUUAUAAUCAAUAUCAUUCAAAUAUUACAAAUAAAAGAUCAAGUAUUACUGGUAGUAAUUCAAGUAUUGGUUCAUUAUCUUCAUCAUCAUCAUCAUAUUUAAUUAAUAAUAAUAAUAAUAAUAAUAAUAGUAUUAAUAAUAAUAAUAAUAAUAAUAAUGGUAAUAAUACAUCACCAGCUAUUAGUAUUUUAAAUAGAAAUAAUAGUCCAUCAAUUAUGAAAAGAUUAUCAAAUUCAGAUUUUUAUGUUCAAGAUGUAAUUAGUAAAUUGGAUUCAGUAAUCCAAGAAACUCAAACAACAGUUUAUCAAACUUCACCAAAUAUUUCAAAUAUUAAACAUAUUAAAAAUUUGGAUUUAUUGGAAAAAGAAAAAGAAAGAUUAAAAGAACUUCAAGUUGAAAUUAAUCAAAAAGUAAAUAAUAAUAAUCUUGUAAAUAAUAAUAAUAAUAAUAAUAAUAAUAAUAACAAUAAUAAUAACAAUAAUAAUAAUAAUAAUAAUAAUAAUAAUAAUAAUAAUAAUAAUAAUAAUAAUAAUAAUAAUAAUAAUAAUAAUAAUAAUAAUAAUAAUAAUAAUAAUAAUAAUAAUAGUCUUUCAAAAUCACCUUUAAUUACAUCUUCGAAACCAAAAGGUACAAGUAAAUCUUUUGUUGAAGAUUCAACUACAACAAAUACCAAGCGUAGAAGUUUAACUGGUUCUCAAGCAACUAUUGUAACUUCAACUGCUACUUUAGUUGCAAAUAAAGAUAGUAGUGAUAUUACAAAUUCUGGUAGACAAAGGAGCUCUAGUGUUUUAAAUAAUCCAAUUGCAGUCAUUCAAAAUAGAAUAAAUUCAUAA